GACAGUGAGAGACAGCCAUGGAGAGGUGGAGAGCGGAUUGUUUUCUUUGUUAUUUUUAAAGUCUUGCAUUUUGGAGCAAUGACACUGUUUAUGGUGACUUGUCCCGCUUCAAAUGCCCGAUGCAGCCGAGAGCAGCGAGAAGAUUUCCAUCGGAGAUUUUUCGCAGCGGCGUAAGUAGAGAUCUGGAUCUAAUAGUGUUGCAGUGUGGUGGUCUCUACGGGGACGUGGUUUGUGGAUGCUGGGACUAUGAGCAUAAGCGACAAAAGGGACUACUUAGAAGAAGGAGGCGGCUUUACUGAGGAUGCUCCCAGGCCUCCAGUGCCGGGGGAGGAAGGUGAGCUGGUGUGCAGUGAUGGACGCCCGUACAGCAACCCUGGCUUCUCCUCAAAGACAGAGAGCCUCAAAUGUGAGGCGUCUGUGGCUACACCCAGGAGACCCGAUUUGGACCUGGGUUAUGAGCCAGAGGGAAGCGCUUCCCCUACACCACCCUACCUAAAGUGGGCAGAAUCUCUUCACUCUCUCCUGGAUGACACAGAUGGCAUCCUUUUGUUUAAAACGUUCCUUGAGCAGGAGAAGUGUGCAGACAUGUUGGACUUCUGGUUUGCAUGCAGCGGCUUCCGCAAACUUGAGGCCAAUGAGGAAUACGAGGAGAGGAAGCUUAAACUGGCUAAAGCUAUCUAUAGGAAAUAUAUCGUGGACAACAAUGGCAUUGUUUCCAGUCAGAUCAAACCAGCUACAAAGUCCUUUAUCAAAGACUGCAUCCUUAAGCUCCAAAUUGAUCCUGCAAUUUUUGACCAGGCUCAGACUGAGAUACAGACUAUGUUGGAGGAAAACACAUAUCCUUUAUUCCUAAAGUCUGACAUAUACUUGAAAUAUACACGGACAGGAGGAGAGAGCCCCAAGCUGUAUAGCAAUCACAGCCCUGACUCUGGGAAUGGAAGAGGCCUGCUGGGUCAUUUAAAACCUGUAGAUGAAGUAAAGCCAGAGGAGCAGCCUGAUUGCAACCCCACAAUGAACAACUCGCUUACCCAGAAGCCACAAACGGAGACAGUACCACCACAUGUUUUGACCAGCCCCCGAUUCCAGGACAGUCCAGAGUACAGACAUGGGCUAUGUCAGGAGCCCAUCAACCAGCACCCUAUCAGUUUUGUUUAUGAUAUGGCCCCUGUAACCAGCGCCUUGGAUAGCGAGCAGCAGAGUAUGUCCAGUGACACAACAGACACGGUCUCCCUCACUGAUGGUAGUGUAGAUGGGGUACCACCCUGCAGAAACCACAGACGGAAACACUGGGAAAAAGCAAAUCAGCGAGUGUCACUACAUCGUAUUCCACACACAAACCGGAUUCCAGAGGUUAUCCACGCGGAUCCAAAAAGGUUUGCUGCGGAGCUCAUCCGCAGGCUGGAGGGAGUCCUGAGAGCAAGGGAGGCUCAAGAGAAGCUGGAGGAGCGGCUGAGGAGAGUACGACUGGAGGAGGAGGGUGAUGAAGUCAUGGCUGCAGCAUUAUCCAGUCACAGGUUCCCCCCUGGUGCUUAUCAGCAGAACUACAACUCCAACUAUGCUGACUUCACUCACAGUGCUCAUCUGAUGGGAGACCCCCAUGAGGAGAACCCUGAAAGUAUCUUGGACGACCAUGUCCAGCGGGUAAUGAAGACCCCCGGCUGUCAGUCACCAGGCACAGGCCGUCACUCUCCCAAGUCACGCUCACCAGAUGGUUUCCCGGGAGGCAAAGGGAUGGGAACAUCCACAGGCCAAGGUAAACAUCCAUCCAGGCAUGGUACCAAAGGAGAGAGCAGCCACCUGCACCACCACAAACACGUUCACCACAUCCACCACCCAGGUGUCGGGAAGCCCAAAGAGCAGGUGGAAACUGAGGCAGCCAUGCGCGUGCACAGCGGCUUUCCCUGCAACAUGGAGCCGAGUCAUUGGGGAUCAAAGUCCCGCAGCUAUGCAGACGGCAUGGGAUCAAACCCUGUGGAGUACACAGGCUUCGGUAGCAGAGGAGGCACACAGUGCAAAAGAACGACAAAGAAGGGUGAAGAAGUGCGACCGUAUGACAUGCCUGCACCUGCAGAGGAAAUCGAGAAAAAUCAGAAGAUUCUUCUGUGGCUGAUGGAAGGACAGAAGGAAAUGGUUCAUCAUAAGAGGAGCCCAUUUGGGAGCACCACAGGGUCUAAGAGGACCACAGGACAUGAGGGGUCCCGUCUGGGUUCUGUUGAGCGGUCAGGGUCUCUGCACCAAUGCAGCAACAGCCAACUUCGUAACAGCGUGCAGCCAUCACACCCUUUUAUCCAGGAUCCCACCAUGCCCCCCAACCCAGCUCCCAGCCCCCUCAUCCAGCUAGAGGAGGUACGCCGGCGGCUUGAGGAGGAGAAGAUUAAGUCUGGAACUCUACAACCCAAGCAGAGGUAUGUGAUGGAGGUAAUCCAGAGGGGUCGCACAGCAGUCAGGCCUGCACAGUUCCCUCCACUCAGCGUGGUGCCUGCCGUUUCUGACAGCGAGCUCUCCGAGCUUGAACACAAAGCCACAAAAAAGCCGCCGUGUGAGAACAUCACUGUGGCGUAUUACUUCUGCGAGGAGCUGAUACCGUACAGGACGUCAGUCAAAGGGAGAGUUGUCACACUGGGCCAGUUUAAAGAACUGCUAACAAAGAAAGGAAACUACAGGUAUUAUUUCAAGAAGGUGAGCGAUGAGUUUGACUGUGGAGUGGUGUUUGAAGAGAUACGUGAAGAUGAUGCUAUCUUGCCCAUCUUCGAGGAGAAGAUAAUCGGGAAAGUUGAAAGAAUCGAUUGAAGUGAGCAGGUUGAAGAGGAAGGAAUCAAAAGUCAGCGCGUGAUUGGCUGAGGAGUAAGUGGACGGUUAAGAGGAAGUGUUUUAGGAUGGAAACUGGAGAAGUAAUACAGUAAAAAAGUGGAUGUGAAUAGCGGAGCAGCGGUCACAGAAAAUGACUUUUGGAGCUUGGUAGCACCGACACAGUGAUGUCGGACUAGAAGGAAAAAAAGAAGACCUCAUUCACUUCUGUGGAGCGUAAUGUAGCAAUGUAAAGUUAACUAGGUAAAUGAAGAACAAAAGUGCUACUAAAGCUACAUAUUUUUGAUAUCAUGUAUCAGAGGGUGUCCUUUCUAAGUAACAACACAUUUUUUAUGUAUUGGUACCAGAAGUGUACAGUUUGUGCUAAAAGAUAACAAGAUUUUAUAUCUAUUUAAUUAUUUAAAAUGUUGAAUUUUAAUCCUAUUGAAGCAGGAUUGUCCCCCCUAUUGAAGACGAUCAAAAUCCCUAUAGGGCUGAUUUUUAUUUAUUUCAACUGUAGUAAGGGCCCAUUAGACUUCAGUGUUUAUGUAUUUAUUUGUGUUUUAAUACUUUAACACAACUUUAUUUUGUGACAUUUAGUCAAGCUGCACUUUCUUUGUGAAUUAUACCACUGACUGUCUCCUCAUAGGAUUCAUCAUGAAUUUCUAAAGCACUAAACAGGUGACCAGAAAAACUGAAAUCCCUGUCUGCUGUAGCAGAGUUCAGCAGCCUGGGCAGUGAUAGUAAUUUUGUUCUAUUUCUGUCUUUAGUCCCUGGUAUAUGUUACUAAGAAAGCAUAUUUAAAACAAGCAAACAAGCAAACAAGCAAGUCACAUAUUUAAAAAAUACCAUAUACCAUAUACCAUAUACAAUAUCAGAAAUGCGCAUAUUCAAGCAUACAAUGACCAUAACACAUCAGUACAUCAAGUAACAUCUGCGUUUCCACAAAGCAGUAUUGCACAUUAAAUGCAACAAUAGAGCUUUAAAGCUAAAAGGAGAUUCUGUUCUCUCUAAGGUCUUUGUUGAAAAGUCAAUAUACAGCUCUGGAAAAACUUAAGAGAAACCUGCAAAAAUGUUUUUCUCCGACUCUUCUAUUUAUUUUUGUGCUUCAGUAAAAUGAACAUUUUUGUUUUCUUGACAAUAAACAAGACUCCCCCAGCACACCCUGAGGUGCUGGUUAUUUGCAGUAGCAUAUGUUUAGAACAGAAAUGCACUGAAAAGACUUCACUGUGACUUUAUUGUGAGUGAACUACACGUUUCACCUGCAGCUUCAUCGGGUUCACGGAGUAUAAUCACAUGGCCACACGAGUGUGCUAAACGUGUGGUCACAUGACUGAUCAUCACAAUGUAGAUAAUUCAGUGUCUAAAACUAAAAAUGUAAAAGUCAUAAAAGAUUCAAGAUGAAAUCUGAAUUGAUACAAUCCUCAAAAAUUUCCAGGAAGAUGCUCUAAAAUUCCUGAAUAUUUCUAAUAAGAAAUAUGGAAAUACUAUUACUAGCAACUUCCUGGAGAAUUUGAUUAAAGCUAAUGGCAGGGGUCAUCAUCUACUUUUUACAGGGGCCAGAUUUUUCUUAAACUGGCACUUUGAGGGCCUGAACUUUCAAAUAUUAUAUUAUUUGUAUUUUCUUUCGAAUUUACGUAAGUUUUAGACUAGCAAUGAGGUCAGUCUCUAUGUCGCAGCCAGCCUCAAAGGUGUGAUUAGCUGAAUAUGUCUGAUAAACUCCAACAACAAACAAACUUCACUGUAGGCCUGUUGUAUCACUAAGUAGUGCACGGGUUUAGUUUUUCUGGUCAUUUUGCAUGCACUGCGUACAAAUAUAGCAGAUUUCAAUCUUAGAUUAGGGGUGUGACGAGACACUCAGCACAUGAGACAAGAUGUUACACUAUAUAAGAAAAUAUAUGACUGUAAAAAAGUCUUUAAUCCAAUUGGAGUAAAAGAAGGUAAAACACUGCAGGUCCAUUUUAAAUAUUUAUCUAUUAAUCAUCUUGUGAUGGGUUCUAGUGCUUAUAUUUUUGCUCCAACUGUGCACUUUGUUAGCACUUAAAAUCAAAAUGCCUCUUAAAUUGAACUGAUCAGCUUUUACUCCACUAGCUGCCAAACAAACCAUUUGAAGUUGUGGUGGCAACUUCCACAAUGAUAUCCAGUUUAAUAUCAGAUUUUGUCGUAAUGGCUGCCCCGUCUCUGCACUGAUCCUGCUAGAACGUUAUCAUCUGGAUGAGAUAUCUCAUGACUUGAGCUCUCAUCACACGCCUACUUUUAUGCAGUGUUAAUCUUCUGCAAUGAUUUUGACCCAUGUUGCAGUUUGAGGGGGGAAAACUGCAUUGGAAUAAAAGUUGAAGCAAUAAAAGUAUGUAAAAAAAUUAAUUGAAGGCAAAUAUCUAUGCAAAUUGAUGAAUGAUGUUGUUGCCCUAAUCAGAAACAACAUUAUGCUUUUAUAUGGAUUGACUCAGUAAAUAAGUAACAUUAGAACAGUAUUCAAAAUCAUUGUAGGCAACUAAAAAAUGUCAGGUCAUUGAAAGUCUGUUUGUAUAAAUGUCUUUCAUGUUUAUGAAAACAGGGCUUCUUUAAAUGUUUUCUAUUGAGGCUGAUUGUGGAUACAUUAUUUAAUAUUUUACUAGUGCCAAUGAAUAUUUGGAAACUUCAUGUGCCAUUUUGCUGAUUUCCUUUCAGUUAUUCCCAGUCUGACACUAAAUGUCAUAUUUUUGGUUGUUUUUCUUUAAUUAAAUUCUCCCUGCAGCAUUAGAGGCAAGUAGAUGAACAGAAACACAGCUGCAGGCGCCUCGCUUGCAGCGCAGAGAGGCUAUUCAUCACAGCAUCACAGCAUUUGAAUGAGAAAGCCACUGAAUGUUUUCUGACAUAUAUGUAAAGCUAAUCUGUUUGUGCUUUGAAUGUCACAGAGGCAUAUUUAGACUUCUAAGUGCUAGCGCCUGUAGAGAAGGAGGUAAAAAGUUUAUCCAUGGGAGCUGAUGAGGGCUAACAGAUGCUAAGAUGUUGCUAACAUUCUCCCAACAUUUGAUUUAACUUUUAUCACUGCUUAGUUGACCAGUAAGUUCAGAUUGAGGUAGAGCAUUUCUCUAACCUGUAGCCUUCUCUAGCUUAUCACAGCUACAUCUUGUGCCUGGCAGGAAUGAAUUGUUUAGUGCAAAUGAUCUACUCUAAAUAGGUCAUGUUACACCAAAGACAAAGUAGAUGUAGGCACACUUGUCAUAUCGAUAUUCCUUAUUUUUCCGGCAGCACUUAUUUUUUCUAAUGUCCCUGUUUUCUGUUCAGUCAUUGAAUCUUUGAAAGAACAGUUUUUGUCUUGUUAUUGCUUGAAUAAGGUUUUAGCUGAUUUGUAUUCUGGUCAGUGUGCGCUGUUGGAAAAUGUAAAUGGCUGUUUUUGCACUGGAAAAAUUGAAAUGAAAAUAUCACGACACAGCCAGCUGAAGAAGCUACAUGUCAUUAAGAUUCAAGGCCUCCGUCUGAAGGCAGGGUGCACCAUGAUGAAAGUCUUUUUUAUUGAUUUACAGGCAGUCAGAUAAACAAUCAUCAAACCCAGAGUGUGGUGUGAGAUGUGCGGUUGCAUAGGAAUAUCUCCUUUUUGUUGAAUGCUGUUCUUUUUGUUAUUUGUAAUGCUGCCUAUUUUAGAUUUUAACUUAAAUCAGCUUAAUAUAUUUUGUGGCCUUCAGUGGUCAACUGUAUGUUAAAUUAUAUUUUUUGAGUUAAUAAUCAAGUGAAAUACUUUGUGUGACCUUGAUUUUUUAUCAUAUCUUUUAAAAUUAUAGUAUCAAAUCUUUUGAUUCCUACUGUGAAAGCCCCAAAAGUAAACCUCCUUAUCUUAUUUAAAUCAGUGAAAUGUAUAUAAUAAACAUCAGAGUGCCUUUAUUGCUAAGCUAUUGAUGUCUGCUGUGUGACUUUCAGACAGAUAUGGGGACAUAAUUACCAGGGAAUUGCCUCAUUUCCUUUAUUGUUUUGAUGUAUGUCACUAUUCCGGCUUUUUUAUGUAAAUAUGUACAAGAUAAAUCGUCAUCAGCAUUUUCAUUACCCUGGACCUGGUUCUGCUCACAUACUAGCAUGGUUACCGUUUUAAGGUACC